UGAAUUAUUCCAAUAGGUUCAAAAUAUAUAUCAGUAUUGAAUUUGUUUGGCUUUUGUAUUUUUCAGCAAUUCGGUUUAUCGUUUUUUUUUUUGCGUCUAUCGCAAAUCGAGUAGACAGUGAGGAAAAAUUUGAUUUUUAUAUAGCAACUUAUGCAGUGGUGGUUUAUUGAAUAAAAUAACUGAUAUUGAGGUGUGUAAAUAAAUGAUUUAAUUUGCUGAAGAAUAAACUGCAGAAAAAAAGAGUAAAAAUGAGUUCAGACGACAUUGAGUUCGAAAGUGGAACUUGUGAAGAGAUGCAAGACAGUAAAGACGAUACAACAACAAACAAGGACGAUGAUCAAACUUCGUCGACAUCACAACAAGCACUAAAACAAUUAAAUCAACUAACCAGUAAAAUAACUGCUUCGAGUGUGGCAUCAACAUCAGCUGGACCGACAACAUCCAAUAAUGUACAAAAGAUUGAAUCCAAAUUGGCGCUACCGAAUGCGAAAAUUGUUUACAUAAAAAAUGCAAACACAGGGACACAGCAAACAAUUCGAAUCGGUACUUCAUUAAUCGGCGGUACUCAAUCAUCGGCGGUAAGUGCAAAUAAUUCGAACAGCAAUGCAAGCACCACCUCAAGUUCGUCAAUACAAAAAGUACAAUUAUUGCAAUUGAAAAAUAAAACGAUUGUCUCAUCCGCAUCCGCGCCGACAGUAUCCACAAAUAAAAUAAUGACUGUAUUAAAAAGUGGAAAUGCUCCGCCAAAGUUUAUUAUUUCGCCUUCGGGAACCGGUGCUGCAAAACUUGGUGCAAGCGGUUCGAAUACACGAACGAUUACUGUAUCACAAGCACAGCAAAUGGGCUUUAUAUUGCCAUCAAAUAAAACAAAUACCACAACAGCCAGUACAAGUAGUGCUUCAACAACAGCAAAGACUCUCAUUUUGCCCGCAUCAUCGUCAGGAUCGGCCAAUAUCACACUGAAAAAUCAACCAACAAUUUUAAACAAAGGUGUUAAACCAAUACAAUCAUCGCAAAAAUUAUUAAUACAAUCAGCGGACAAUAGUACUGAUAGUAAUGAGUCAAAAUUGAAAUCACCAGGAACGUCGAAUAUUGUUAAAGUGGCUGGCACCGGUCAACAAGUAAGAGUUCUUCAAGGGAAAAGUUUGCAAUAUAUUCGCAUGGUAUGCGCAUCGGGGAAUUCCAAUAGCACAACCACAACAGCAACAACAAAUAAAAUUGUAAACGGUCGCCAACAACAAGUAAUUGUACAACGGACCGCACAGGUCACGGCCGGCGGUAAGCCGGCUUUCGUUACAAAAAAACUUGAAGUCAUGCCGAUUGCAUCAACAACAAAAAUUAUCAAAAAGGAACCCACUUUGCAAGUCGUUAAACAACCACCAACUUAUCUAUUGAACAAUGUGCAAAAGAAUAUUGUAACCUCAUCCAUUGACAUAAAACCAGUCACGUCAAACCAGAGUGAUUCAUUUGAAAUAACCGAAUCAAAAGAUGAACCAUCGUCACCAUCCAACAAAAAAUUCACAUCUCGCACAUACAGCCUGAGCACCGACCGCAAAUCCAAAUCGCCUGAACCAAAUCAAUCGAAUUUGAUGUAUUCAACAUUGAAAUUACCAUCGCCGGAACCAAUUGAAGGUAUUCGUCGAAAACAUUGCAACUGCACAAAAUCACAAUGCUUAAAAUUGUACUGCGAUUGCUUUGCAAAUGGUGAAUUUUGUUCGAAUUGUAAUUGCAAGGAAUGCUUUAACACAUUAGAAAAAGAGGAUGAACGUCAAAAAGCCAUCAAAAUAUGUUUAGAAAGAAAUCCACAUGCUUUCAAGCCGAAAAUUGGAAAAGCGCGCGAUCAAAGUGAUACGCUUCGUCGUCACACCAAAGGCUGUAAUUGUAAGAGGUCAGGAUGUUUGAAAAACUAUUGUGAAUGCUACGAAGCAAAAAUUGUUUGUUCAGCCAACUGUAAAUGUAUUGGAUGCCGAAAUAUUGACGACCACAUGGAUAAUAAUGAUCAUGAUAAUUCACAUUAUGAAAUGAACCAAACGAUAAAACGAACUUAUGACCAACGGGACGAUAAAAUUAAAACCGAAGCAAUUGUUCCGGCAAAAAAACCAUGCAAUUUCAUAACACCUGAUGUGAUUGAGGCCACAAUACAAUGCAUUAUUGCACAAGCCGACGAUUGCCUUAAAAAUAAUUGCGAUGCUAAAACGUCAGAACGUAAAAUUCUUGAAGAAUUCGGACGUUGUCUGGUAGAAAUCAUUGAAUUUUCCAAGAAAAACAAUGAAAAUGCUGAUGACUGAUGAACACACAUAAAAUAUAAAUUCAGGAACAUGUUCUGUAUGCAAUACAUCCUUUGAAAAUAAGUGUCAGUCAUAUUGCAUAGAAUUUGAACUAUGCAUUCAUUAUCAAACAUAUUUUACAUAUAUAUUAGCAUUUUGACUAAAAUAUUUAGAUAAUAAUAAAAAAUCAAAUACAUAAAGAAAAUAGAGAUAUUUCUGAGUUGUUUAAACGGAAAAACACGCAAAUUCAAUGCUUUAGAUUAUUAUUUUGAAUUUAAAAACGUUUUUAGUGUUAAUCGACAAUCGAAGCUGGCAUCUUGGAAUGACUGACUGACCGAUAGAUAAAAAUACCUUCUAAUACACUUGUAAUUUAUUCAUGAACAUUUUCAAUUUUAAUAAAGAAAAAAAAUAAUGUUUUCAGUUCUUAAAGAUCAGUUUGAUACAUAUUAAGAACAUAAUAAAAGUAAUUAGUGUAUAUUGUA